UGUACCGAGACCAAGCUGGAGAACGCACCCUGGUGGCAGGUGGACCUCCUGCAGCCCUACGAGGUCCGAGUCAUCCGGCUACUCACUCGAGGAUGCUGCGGUCAUCAGCCUCUACACGACCUAGAGAUUCGAGUGAGCAAUCGUUCCGACCUGCAGAACAGCCGCCUGUGUGCAUGGUAUCCUGGAACUUUGGAGGACGGCGUGAGCAAAGACUUCGAGUGUGCAUAUCCCAUCAUGGGCCGCUACGUCUACGUGCACAUGGUAGGCGGAGAAGGGUCCCUGUCCCUGUGCGAGGUCAUGGUCUUCACUACGCAAGAGUUCUCGCCCGACCGGUGCGGCAACCGUGUCGAGCCCCUGGAGCUGACCACGUUCAUCCGCAAGUGCUACGAGUUCCAGGGGAGCCGCGGAGGCUCGUUCCAGGACGCGUCCGCCUACUGCCAGACCAGGGGCGGGCUCCUGGUGCACGGCGUGGACGACCUCAUUCUGCCCUUCAUCUCGGCCGAACUGGAGAGGAGACGCGACAAGCUCAAGUCCAAGCUGGUCUGGAUGGGCGCCCAGCGACGCACGGGCAUCGGUCUCAACAAACGGGGAUGGUACUGGGUGAACGGAGAUCCUGUUCGGGAGUUCUUGUGGGCCGAAGAUCAGCCGAACAACUACAAUGGACAGCAAAACUGUGUGGUCAUAGACGGAGGACGGAAGUGGAGAUGGAAUGAUGUCACGUGUGACCUUGACUACCUACCCUGGAUCUGCCAGUACAAUCCUUCGAACUGCGGCAGCCCCGACAAGAAGGAAAACUCGACGACCGCGGGUCAAGACUACAGAGUGGGCCAGGAGGUUUCCUACGACUGUCCUACCGGAAGUCUUCUAGUUGGCAGCCGUACCCGCAAAUGCGCCGUUUCCGGUUUCUGGACCGGUAGCGCGCCCUCGUGCAAGUAUAUGGACUGCGGCAAUCCAGAGUCCGUGGAAAACGGCCAGUUUGUGCUUCUUCACCGGCGGACGACCUUCAACGCGACGGUGGAGUACGUCUGCGACGCCAACUACACGCUGGUCGGGAAACCACGCCGGAUGUGCGGCGAAGACGGACGCUGGAACGGCAGCCAACCCUCCUGCCUGCUGAGCUUCUGCUCGGAGCUCGCCCCGACGCCCAGCUCGAGCGUCCAAGUGCAGGGACUGCGGUUCGGCGACCGCGCCCGCUACACGUGCAAAAUGGGUCACAAGCUCAUCGGCAACGACACCCGCUACUGCCAGCUGGGAGGCAACUGGAGCGGGGACGAACCCACCUGCAAAUAUAUCGACUGCGGCGAACCUAGGCCGUUGGACGACGGCGAAGUUCUGCUGGUGAACGGCACCUCAACUUUCCUGAGCGUGGUGAAGUACUCGUGCCACGACAACUUCACCCUCUCCGGCGUUGACACCAGAAGUUGCCUCGAAACGGGACUGUGGAGCGACGUGGAACCAACGUGCGACAUGAUUUCGUGUGGGGAACCGGAGAUUCCUCUAGGAGGCUACGUGGUGGAGGAGGACUUCCAGGUGCACGAUACAGUCCACUACAAGUGUCACCCGGGACACGUCAUGGCGGGGCAUGAGACCAGGACGUGCCUCCGGGAUGGAACCUGGUCCGGAUCGGCACCCACCUGCUCAUUCGUGGACUGCGGCCGGGUCCCUCCGAUCCUGAAAGGGGAAGUGGCGUACGAGAACGGCACGACGUUCCUGGGCAGCAGGAUCGUGCACGGCUGCAGCGCCGGCUACAGACUCACCGGGGUGCGUGUUCGCACCUGCGGUCUUGAAGGACGCUGGAGCGGCACUCCGCCAAAGUGCGAGGAAAUUCGCUGCAAGCCACCGGAAGUACCCAAGAACGCCACCGUUGUCUACGGCGACAACGACCGGUCUUCUGCGGAAUCCUUCAAGAUCGCUUCCACGGUGCAAUACCGCUGCGUCACGGGACACAUCGUUCAGGGAGAGUCGUUGCGAACUUGCCAGGUGACCGGCGAGUGGACGGGAGAAGUGCCCGAAUGCGUCUACGUGGAAUGCAGCUUUCCCCUUCCCAUCGGAAAUGGCCACUGGCUCCUGUCUACUAAUUCGACGCACUACGGCGCUACGGUGGAGUAUGAGUGUGACCGAAACUACCAGUUGGAUGGUGCACCUCGAAGACUGUGCCUCGAGAACGGAACCUGGAGCGGUCCUGAACCGCUUUGCCUUGAAGUCAGAUGUGCCGAGCCCAAGGCGAGCGACAGCUGGACAGUGAUUAAGUUCUCCGACGACUCCGUGGGUUCCUCGGUCGAGUAUUCCUGCGAGCAGGGCUACGAGCUUCAGGGACUUACCACCCGCAUCUGCCAAGCCAACGGACUCUGGAGUGGCGACGCGUCGACAUGCGCACUGGUCGACUGCGGCAGACCAUCAGUGAUCGGCAACGGUCGAGGUCAGCUUCUCAACGGGUCAACCACUUUCGGGAGCCUGGUAGAAUACCAAUGCUUGCACGAAUUCAAGCUGGUUGGGGAAGCUCUGAGGACCUGUGGAGCCGACGGACAAUGGAGCGGUCAGGAACCACGAUGCACAGACGUGCCAGUGAGAGACUCAAAUGAUGUUGAAGGCGCUGACAGCAACCGCGCCGACUUCACCUACGACUCCUCAAGGACUGUGGGGAUCGCCAUCGCUGUUGGCGCAGGAGCACUGCUGGUCAUCGCCAUCGUCGUGGCUAUCGUCUGGAUGAGAACGAAAGCCCAGCGGGUCAAGAACACGGAGAACGUCGAAGUAAACCGCAACGUCGAGAAGGACAACGCUACCGUCAUGUCUUUCUCGCGCCUCGCCCUCGAAGCCGCAGAAGCCAACAGCGCUCCCUAUCACAACGGACCCGGCAUCCGACACAACCCAAACGGCCUCGUCACGUUCGCUGCAGGACCACAGCCCAUCUAUGCCAACGUCACCGUCAACGGACAGAGCCUGUCCACGUCAAACUCAUCGGGAAGAGGCAACCUUGGCGUACCACCUUCUCCUCCGCACGCUCCACCGAGACACAACGGCAAUCCUGCCGGAAACCAUCACCACGGCAAUAGCCACAACAGUAGCCACAACGGUAGCCGCAAUGGUAGCCACAACAGCGGCCACAACAGGGGAAGCCAUGGUGGCAACGGCUCGCUAACCGCCAACGGUCACAUGACGUCUACGCUACAGAGUCACGAUGUGUGAUAUGACGGCACUACUUCCUGUGACUACAUCUUCGGUGUUUGGUGAGACACUUCGGAUGAAGAAAAAGAGGCCCUAAGUUAUGGACAUGGAGGUCUACUCUUCUGCCGAGUUAUCAUCCUCUUGGUUCUGGACUUGAUCCCGGCGAGUGCGGAUUUGAGAAAAUGACUCGCCCAGUGUGUGUACCACCGCGGCACAUCGGAGUUUGAAGUUGUCGUAAAAGCCCACGUACAAUUUCGGACAAAGAGAACGUCUGGUGAGAUUUUUGAAAGCGGA